CGCCAAGCAAAUACAUACAAAUUUACGUGUCCAAACGGAGUGAGCGUUUACAAAACACUACUGUAUUCUGUGCACUGAAGCCCCUGGAUGGCAGAAAAACAUCCCUUGCAGUUCUUAUGAAGAACUACUCUGCACCGAUUUUGAAAAUGGAGAUGAACGACUCUGGCCAUUAGCUUUAUACUAGCUAGUACCUUACUUGGGGUGCAGUAUUCCGCUCGUGACACGCUUGGAUAGUACUUACGUGAACUGCACAAGGUUGGGAAUGCUUUUGUAUCUCCCAGAAGCAACCCAGAAGCAAGCCUGAGGGUGACCUAUUUGGCUUGUAGGAUCACUGCCACUGCCAUGCGCAUUUCGGUGAGUUUUCAUGCUAGUUAUUUGGCAACUUCAAGUCUUUAGCAGCACGUCAGGCUAUAUAAGUGCUGGCUGCCGGCUCAAAAAUGAGCAAACAAUCAGACCAUGCUGUCUCAAGCCUUAGAGAGCGGUCGUCGUAUCAGCCGGCACAUCAUGACAUUAUUCUUGUUCACAAAGUCCGAUGUGUUGACAGUUCUUAUCCCAAUCACUCUAUCUACCUUCGCAGCUGCUCCCCAUCCCGAUGUAACUCGCAUGCCGGACAUCAUCAUAUGGAUAUGGCUGCACCUCCUGAAACAUGACAUAUGCAACCAAAUGCAGGAUCCAGAGGAGGACCGGAAAAACAAGCCUUAUCGCCCUCUUCCUGCCGGUCUUAUCACUGCUCAAAAUGCGGCAGAUGUGCGCUGGCUGCUAGUGCCGGUCUGCCUUAUAUUUUCUGCCAUGUAUGACAUCAAGGCUCUUGCUUGUAGCGCUUUUCUAGAAGCCCUCAGCAUCUGGUAUAACGAGUUUGGUGGCGAUGAGACUGGUCUUUCGAAGAAUUUAUUGACGACUAUCGCAUAUGCAACUCUCGAAUUAGGCGCAAUGGUCGUGAUUGGGUCUAGCAUUGAUAAGAUUUGGGCACAUGCAGUCGCCUUCAGUUCUGUAGUGUUUGCAACGACGAUUCACGCGCAAGAUUUCAAAGAUGAGGAGGGAGAUCGAUUGGCAGGAAGACGUACUCUCGUCACUUUGUUCCCUGCCUUUGCACGCAUGUCCAUGAUGAUUGGCAUCCCCCUUUGGUCACUCUACCUCAGCAGACUUUGGAAGGUAGAUCUCGUCUCUUCUAUCGCAUUCAUAGCAUACGGAACGAUUGUUGGGGCAAGAUUCAUGGUUUAUAGGACUGCAGGUGCCCACAAACAAUCGUGCAAACUAUAUAGCCUAUGGUACACCCUCGUCCACUUACUCCCCGGCUAUUGGCGAUUUUUCAACAGCACUUGAAAUGGGAAGCCCAGUGCAAUGUAUUGUAUUGCGAAGGAAUGCUUGUAAUAGUAGGUUGUAAUUUUUUGCCGCAUCUCGAAUUUUUUGGGUAAAAGGCACUUCUUACAUUUUUUCUAUCUACUUCCUGUCCACCUAUGAAGCCUGUUCCAUCUAGUGUGCUGAAUGUAACAUUUUUUGAGACUC